UAUCAGUAACAAUCGAAUUGAUCUAUCAGUAUCUCAUGACCUUAUCUGAUAAUUUUCUUAAUUAAUCUCUUUCAAUACGAUUAAUGAGAAAAAAAUGUACCAGAUAUUACAUACCUCUUCUUACUUUCACGUAGAGAAAAUAAUUAGUAAUAUCAUAAAUUUUCAACAUGUUACAGGGUUGGAGGGUGACAACCUUUUGUUCCAGUCCGGAACAUUUUUUUCUGGCUUUGAAUCAAGUUCAACUACAGCGACUUUCACUCUUAUGGAGUUAGCAAAGAAGAAAGAGUAUCAAGACCGUGCUCGAGAAGACAUAAAAAAAGCUAUUGACAAACAUAGAUGGACUUUCGAGGCUUUCAAUGAUAUGAAGUAUUUGGAUCAAUGUAUCGCCGAAGGCGUGAGAUUACAUCCGUCCGUUUCCACAAUCGAUCGUUAUACUCUCCAGGAUUAUAAAAUACCUGAUACGAACAUUAUCAUUGAAAAAGGCACUCCGAUUUAUAUUUCCCUGUAUGGCUUGCAUGGUGAUCCAAAAUUUUUCGACGAACCAGAAGUAUUUAAUCCUGAUCGGUUUAGCGAAGACCAAAAAAUUUCUGAUGCGUACAUUCCUUUUGGAGCGGGACCUAGAAUGUGUGUUGGUAUGAAAGUCGGACAAUUACAUGUCAAAGUUGUGCUCUCAAUGAUUUUGUCCGAGUACGAAGUCCAUCAGAAUCCAGAAGAAAUUUAUAAGUUAGACUCACGGUCAACUUUUACUGCUGCUGCAAAUGGCAUCAAUAUUGAGUUUAGAAAAUUGAUCAAAUGAUAGAUUUAUACUAUUUUUGUAUAUUAUUAUUAGCUAUUUAAUUACACAGACUCAUGAAAAAAUAAAUUUUACGCUUGCUUAACUUCUAUGAAAAGCCAAAAAAAAUUUUUGUUUGCAGAUUACUGUUGAAUGUUACCAAGAGAAGCAAACAAAAAAAAAAUAUAAAGAAGAAAUGAUUUUCAUACAUGAUUUAGUUAAAAAUGUAUUUGCAAAUAAGAAUAUCUCUUAGAAGAAAAUCAUUUUGAACAGUUUCAUCGACUUCAAGCAAGUCGAAAAAUUUAUCAGUUAAAGAAUUUUUUUAAAUCAAAAUAACG